AUGGAACGCGAUCUUCCGUCGGCACACCAGGGAACUGUGCAGUCGCCUCAGGACCCGACGAAGGCCAUUAUUGAACCACCUUUGGCAGGCCGUUCUCACACUCCCUCCAAAUCCAUGGUAAAUCUCUCAUCAGUAACGCUAACAGACAUCGAGGAACGCCUUCUAUCAAGAGGACUCUCCUUCUGUCCAAGUACAACAGGAUUGAACGAAUUCCAACUGGACACAGAUCUUGAAAAUUUUGCCCGUAAACUGCGCCUGAGGGAAUUUUUCCACGAUAAAGAGAACUCCAGACAGACGGCUUCUCCUUUCAAAACAGGUUCCAGCUGGUCACCCCCUGAACACAGGGACCGCCAUCUCGAUGAUUACAUCCAAGCUGUGCAAAAGGACAUCCUCAAAGUAACGUCCAAAAAAGGACCCCCACGACACAAUCUGUCAAGUGAAGAACGCAAAGCACUCAGCGAUCUUGAGAAACGAAAGGACAUUGUCAUCAAACCCGCGGACAAGGGAGGUGCUAUUGUGGUCAUGGACACCGAGGCAUAUAUUCGCGAGGGAGCCCGCCAACUGGAAGACACAAUGUUUUAUGAGAGGCUUGAUCGCGAUCCCACACCAGACUAUGCGUCAAAGAUCGAGAGGACCCUAACCGACCUCCGUGAUAGCAAAAAAAUCACGCCUGAUACACACAAACAACUCCUUCCAAAAUCUCCGAAACCUGGUCACUUUUAUCUGUUACCCAAGAUUCACAAGCCAGGCAAUCCAGGCAGACCCAUCAUAUCUGGCAACAGCACAGUGACAGAGAACUUGUCAACGCUUGUGGACUACCUCAUCAAGGACAUCCCCCCCACCCUUCAGUCAUAUGUGAAAGACACCAACCAUUUUCUAAAGACCAUUCGCAACCUCAAACUACCUGAGAACUGCUUCCUUGUCACCCUUGAUGUAGCGUCCCUCUACACUAAUAUUCCCCACUCUGACGGCAUCGAGGCGGUCGUGGAAGCCUACACGAAAUCACCGUCGGACAGUCCCUACCACGUGGACAGCGCCACACUGAAGGUACUAUUGGAAAUGAUACUAACGCUAAACAACUUCGAAUUCAAUGGCCAACACUACGUCCAGAUAAAUGGCACAGCUAUGGGCACAAAAAUGGCCCCAAACUACGCGAACAUCUUCAUGGUUUCAAAUAGUCGAGGCGUUGAGGCUGUCAAGUGGCGAGGCGAGGCGUCGUGGCAUCGCGGUAGGAUGCACAUUCAUUUUGUCACAGGGAAAGGUCUUGGGAACGUCAGCGUCAUGCAUAUUUUGUACUGCAAUCUCUGGAGCAUCGAGGCAGUACUGGCCAAUGCGGUGAACAACUAUGUUGAGCGUAGCAGCGAAUGCCGCAGUGUGCGAGAGGCAGUGUUUCUUUGUUCUCCGCCCUUCAAGUUUCACAGGAGGCGUUGA